AUGACUUUACCAAUUCAGGAUUUAGAACCUGAUUACUAUAUUUCAGUCGAUUAUCCUACUACCGACAAUGGUAAACCAACCCCACAAGCUGAAAAAUCAUUGAAAACAUUAAUUGAUUUAUUAUAUGAUAAAGGUUUUGCUGCCCAAAUUAGACCUGGUGAUUUGAACCAUUUAUUAGUCUUUGUGAAAUUGUCUUCUUACAAGUUUUCUGAAGAAGCCGAAAAGGAUUUAAUAAAGAAUUAUGAAUUUGGUGUUACUGGGAAAGAUGACGUGUUGUCUUGUAAACUUAGAAUCAUUUAUCAAUAUUUAACUUAUCCAAAAUCUGUUGGUGGGUGUGGUAUUACUCCUAAUUCUGGUGAUUGGAAGUUUGUCACCAGUAUUGUUCCAAUUACCAAUGCCUUCAAUGAAUCCACAUUAGUCGAAGAUUUAAAAAUCAACGUCACUCAACCAAACUUAUCAACAAGUACCAUCAAAAAAACAUAUGGUGUUGAAGUUGCUCUUUAUUUUGAAUAUAUCAAACAUUACACUUUUUGGUUAUUCUUACUUUCUAUUAUUGGAAUUGUGUCCCAUUUUAGAAAAGAUAAAAGAUUCCUGUUAACUUUUGCCUUUAUUAAUUUACUUUGGGGCACUUUAUUUCUUGCCUCAUGGCAUAGAAGAGAACAACAUUUGGUCAAUUUAUGGGGAGUUCAAAACAGUCAUUUGAUUGAAGAACAUAAUUCCGAAUUGGCCAAAGUCAAUGAAAGAUACGAAGAAAAAUCUACUUAUUUCCAUUCUAGUAAUACCAACGGAUUCAGAUUUUUAAAACAAUUGGCAUUUAUCCCCAUUGCCUUGGUAUUUGUUGGUAUCUUGGUUAGUUAUCAAUUGGGCUGUUUCUGUAUUGAAAUUUUUUUAACCGACAUUUAUGAUGGUCCAGGAAAAUCAUUGUUGACUUUAUUACCUACUAUUUUGAUUAGUGUAUUUGUUCCAAUCUUGACGAUUGUUUACAAUGCUGUCACAGAUAUUAUUAUCAAAUGGGAAAAUCACGACAACCAAUAUAACAAAAACAACUCUAUUCUUGUUAAAACAUUUGUAUUGAAUUUUUUGACUGGUUAUGUUCCAUUAAUCAUUACCUCAUUCAUUUAUUUACCAUUUGCUCAUUUGGUACAACCUCAUUUGGGUGAUAUUAAAAGCACUAUUGCUACUUAUGCUGGUGAAAAUCGAUUCUACACCAAAUAUUUAUUAAAAUUGAAAAGUCAAGAAGAGUUUAAAAUCAAUCAAGGUAGAUUAGAUGCCCAAUUCUUUUACUUCAUUGUAACAAAUCAAGUUAUACAAUUGGUAUUGAAAUAUGUUCUCCCAUUGGGUUUAAGAUUUGUAUUUAAUUUUAUUGAAACAAAAAUUCAAAAGAAACCUCAAUUACAAACCAAAGAUGACAACCCUGAUGAAUCAAUUUGGUUACAUAAUGUCAGAUUAUCUUUGAAACUCCCAGAAUAUAAUGUUGAUGAUGAUUUCCGAGGAUUAGUGUUACAAUUUGGAUACUUGAUUAUCUUUGGUCCAGUCUGGCCAUUGGCACCAUUGGUUUGUAUUGUCUUUAAUAUAAUUUUUUUCAAAUUGGAUAAUCUCAAGUUGUUAAAUGGUAAAUAUUUCAAACCACCAGUACCAAGAAGAGUUGACUCUAUUCAUCCUUGGAAUUUAGCCCUUUUCUUGUUGGCUUGGAUUGGGUCUGUUAUUUCGCCAGUGGUCACGGCCUUUUAUCGUCAUGGUACUGCUCCACCAAAAUCUAUGGGACAAUUUGCCCUCGAUAAAGCUAGUGUUCAUGUUUCGUCUUCAGUUUUUUUGGUUUUAUUAAUGUUUGUAUCAGAACAUGGAUUCUUGAUCUUGAGUUAUCUUUUAUUCAAGUUUUCCUCAUUGUUUAAGAGUCAAGUUGAAUGGGAAAAUGAUUUUGUUGAUAAUGAUAUUAAAUUGAGACAUGACUAUUAUUCUGGGAAAGUAAAACCAACUUUUAAAGUCCACUCAGAUGAAUUGUGGGAUAAGUUUACUCCACAAUCAACUUUGAAUUUCACUGUUCCUAAACCAGUUGUGGAUUCAGAAAAAAUUGAAAAAAUUGCUACUACUGAAGGAGCUUAUCUGACUUCGGCAGAAAAAUCUACUACUACUGCUACUUCUCGUUCUUCUGACAAGAGUAAACUUAUUGCUGAAAAGGAAGCUAUUUUAAAACAAAAGGAAUCUGAAUUAGCUGAAUUGGAAAAGAAAAAGUCUAAACUAAAUGAGUUUAAAAAUCCAACUGAUUCUGUCAUUAAAUCCAAGUCAAGUGCCAAUGGUAAAACUGUGUUAAGUACAAUUGAUAAUAACAAGCAUAUUAGUGAUAUAGAUCCAGACGCAAAAGCAGCAGCAGCUACUACCAAUGGUUCUGAAACAACAGCUAAAAGUACAACCACAGAUACCACUCACACUACCACUACCACUAACACCCCCACUACACCAUCUCAUUCUGGUCCAACUCCAAUCGCUUCUUCUGAAAAAACAACCACCACCAGUAAGCCAAGUGAUAGUAGUACAAAAUCAGCCUUAUCUAAUGAUGAAACAAAGAAAACAAAAACACUUGAUCCCAAAAGUGCAGGAAGCACUUCAUCUAAAGACAUCAAUGUUUCAUCAGGCAAAGGAUCUCUGCCAAUAGUUGAAGAUAAGGAAAGUUCACCAUCCCUAGCUGGAAGUUCAGCUUCUACACCCAGUGGAUCUGAUAAAAAAACUUCCUCUUCUAAUAAAAAAUUAGUUACAAAUGCUGUUAAUAAAGUUGAGAACAAUGAUGAUUUUAAAAAAUUUAUUAAUGAUGCUGAAAAAGAAGCUAAAAAAUCCAAAUCUGGAUUAAAAAAAUUGUUUAAUAAGAAGUAG